AUGAGAAAAAGUGAGUUUCAACUAGCUCGGCGUCGAAUGCGACGGACGUUUCUAGUACCAGCCUUGGCUAGUUUCGCUGCCUGUUUCGGGCUUGUUGCAAUUACAUCUAACGCUUUUCGAGAGUUCAGCGAUACUCCACAUGUUCGUCGAGUUACUCGAUCGGCAAAUCGGUACACGGACUGCUUGAAAGGAAAAAGCGCUCCUAACGAGUCGUCGGAACAGUUCCCUCCUGACCUUUUCACUUUGGAUCAGCGACGACAUGGCGCCAUCCUUCUCCAUUUAGGCGGUCUCGUUUACAUGUUUGUGGCGCUGGCGGUUGUGUGUGAUGAAUUCUUCGUGCCUAGUCUCUCUGUGCUGAUCGACGUCUUAGAUAUCUCCGAAGACGUUGCCGGUGCAACGUUUAUGGCUGCCGGUGGAUCAGCACCAGAAUUUUUCACAUCAGUGUUUGGUGUUUUUGUCGCACAGAACAACGUGGGUAUUGGAACAAUUGUAGGUAGUGCGACAUUCAACAUACUGUGCGUGCUUGCUUUUUGUACGUUGUUCUCUCGUGAGUUUGAGAUUGCAAUAACUGGCUGUUUGAGGGACAUGACAUUCUACAUAGUGGCACUGUUAUUUCUUGUGAUUUUCUUCUCUGACGAAAAGGUCUCGUGGCACGAAGCACUCACUAUGUUCUUGAUUUACAUCAUCUAUGGGAUAUUCAUGAAAUACAACACUGAAGUGGAAGCUGUUGUCAAGGGAUUUCUGAAGAGCCAGAGCAAUGGUCCUCAAGGGAACAAUCUUGUACCGUCCAGUGACUCCGUUCCGCAAUUCAACAGAGAGCACCGCCGAUCAAUUCCGAUGAUACAUGGAGGAGGUCAGUUAAGGAAUGGAAUCGCCCAAAUGGCAAUCGGAAGUGACGAAGAAAGCGAAAACGAGCAGGCACCCAGCACCAAGGAGACAAAUGCGCGGAACAUCAAUGUAAAGCCUGCCACGGACAAAGUGUUCUUCAAAACCAAUAAGAACAGAAACUCCGCAUCGCAAGUGCUAAUGCACCUACAGAAGCUGCUGAAGAAUAUGAGGAGGAAGCCUGUUACGAUGAACUCAGUGCUGAUGGCCAAGAUGCCAAUCCAGCAGUCGCUUCUUGUCAGAACUGAUGGAAGUGGAAAUAUGGGAAUGGAACUACAGGGCGAUGUGCUUGGAAGAUGGUAUUAUGCAACGAAUACAAAAAUAGGACAACAGUAUACUUUGCGAUCAGAUGAAUGUCGUCAACAGUUCCAGCAUUCAGGAGGGAAAUAUGGACGUAUUACGCUCACGUUGCAAGGAACUACCCCUUUAGGCCCAAAAUAG